CCCACUCCCACUUCCACCCGCUCCUCUGCCCUUGCAGUCACCCGCAACUCUGUUCCACCAACAUGGACAACCCGCCGCCGCCGCCGCCGCCGACUGUAGGCGUAGCAGUCUUCCUUUUCAAAGGAAAAUCCGUGCUCAUGGGCCGCCGCCGCGUCCCCCACGGAGACUCCACAUUCGCCGUCCCCGGUGGCCACCUCGAGUUCGGGGAGAGUUUCGAGGAGUGUGCGGCGAGGGAAUUGAAGGAGGAGACCGGUUUGGACAUCGAGAAAAUCGAGUUCAUUACUGCGACGAACAAUCUGUUUCUGGAUAAUCCGAGUCCGUCGCAUUACGUGGUGAUCUUCAUGCGCGCAACAUUGGCGGAUCCGGACCAGAUUGCUCGGAAUUUGGAGCCGGAGAAGUGCGAUGGCUGGGACUGGUAUGAAUGGGAUCGUCUUCCUCAACCUCUCUUUAGCCCUCUUCUGAAUUUUGUCAACACUGGCUUUGAUCCAUUCCCUAAAUGUGAUCAAAACCAUUGAAAUUUACUUCCAAAUUUCUGAAUGAUUUGUCUCCUAAUUUUAAUUUUCUGUACGAGCUCUGAACAAUCAACUUUUUCGCUCAAUAAUUCAAGACAAGUGGGACUGCUUUUUCAAGAACAAAA